CUUCUCUUCGUCGUUCGCUCACGCCCACCCCCGCCUGCACCAUGGCCGCCACCCCCGUCCCGCCUAGCACGACGCGCACGCCGCUCGAGUACCGCCCCAAGCCGCCCAGCGAGGACCUGAAGGAGCCAGAGGACUACAAGGUCAAGUUCAAGGUGCACCAGAUACAGAACCACAAGACAGUCAGCAAGUUUUCCGACCCGUGCGAGAAGGCGUCCAAGGCCUCGCUGCAGUGCCUCGAGCAGACGCGGUACAACAAGGGCGAGUGCUACGAGUACUUCAAGGCGUACCGCGAGUGCAAGGCGAAAUGGCUUGAACAGCGCAAGAAUGACCGGAAGAAUGGGGUAUGAGGGGCGCAGCGAGGGAGGAUCAUCGGAGAGAGAGAGGGAGAGAGAUGUGCACACAGGAAGACUCGACGCAGACGGGCUCCACGGCCACGGCCACCAUUGUACUCGCGCACAGCGCACAUGCAGCACUACUGAACAA